GCACUGGCCAGAUGGUCGUCAGUCCCAGCGCGCGCUGACCAUCGCUGCCAUGUACACCAUUUUCGAAUUAUAUCGGCCAUGCUAGGCCAGCGCCAUGACGUCGCCCGCCACGAGCGCAACUCGCGCGCCAGCAUUGCGAGCAGUCUGGGCAAGCCCGAGUUCGACUACAUCGAGGCCAAGACGCCGACGGCCAUGGAGACGGGCGGGCUCCGCGCCGGCGACGCGCCCGUGUACACGUCGCCCGAGAUCCUCGCGCUCCUCUUCCAGUACGCGGCCAUUGGCGUCGUCUACGGCGGCAUCUCUGGGAUGCAGUACCCGAUCCUUACCGCGUACUUCAACCUCGAAGGCAACAUCCUCAACUCGGCGACGGCGCUCAUGAGCCUCGGGUGGUCGCUCAAGGUCUUCUUCGGCAUGCUCACCGACUGCGUGCCCAUCUGCGGCUACCACCGCAAGCCAUACAUCCUCAUCGGCUGGACCCUCACGGCGAUACUGCUGCUCAUCGUGGCGCUCAAGCCCGCGGGCGAGCCGGCGCCGGAUCCUCAUGCGACCGCCAACGGGUCGGUGCUCGCACUGCUCUGCGCGGUCGCGUGCUUUUGCUACAUCAUGGCCGACGUCGCGCAGGACGCACUCCUCGUCGCGUACUCGCAGCGUGAGCCGGUGGCCCGUCGUGGUCGGCUCCAGGCGCUGAUUUACUCGGUGCGGGCGCUGGCGAUGCCCGGCAUGUCAGCAGUCUCCGGCUUCUGCCUCAACUCGACGCGCAUGACCGGCACAUACGACUGGGACAUUGGCGUCAACGGGUACUUCUGGAUCUUGGCGGCCACUUCGAUCCUCAACGUCCCGGUGGUCUGGUUUUGGCUCAAAGAUGUUCAGUCGACGACGCGGGUGUCGGUCUCGAGCUACUUGGCGCGGUUUUGGACGCUCGCGCAAAAGCGCGUCGUGUGGCAGGUCAUGCUCUACAUCUUCUUCUUCGCCUUCUUCACCUCGUACAUCUCGACGACCGCGGCGCCGUACGUGGCGCUCUACUGGGCCAAGGUCGAGAACCUCAACUCGUCGCUCAUGGGCAUUCUUGGCAGCGUCCUCUACGCUGGGAUUAUCGCAGCCACGGGCAAGUACGGCACGCGCUGGAACUGGCGCUACAUGCUCGUCCUCACGACGCUAACAGCCAACGCGAUUGACGCUGUCGUAGCGUUCUGCACCAUCUACAAUGUGGUCCGCAACCAGUGGUUCUUCCUCGGCGUGCCACUCACGGAGCAGCUGCCCUUAGCCGUCAACUUUGUCGUCGGGUCCUUUGUCAUUGUCGAGUUGGCCGAAGAAGGCAGCGAAGGCGUGCUCUACGGCCUCCUCACCACCAUCCACAACCUCCCGGGCGUCUUUGGCCCGAUGAUCACCAACGUGGUUGACGCCAACUUCAGCGUCAGCAGCCGCGCGAUCAAGAAGGACCUCCCCGAGACCCGAAACGAGGUCGCGUGGACGUAUGCCAUUGCGUAUGCGUCCACUGUCAUUGGCUGUCUCUGGGUCGUCCUGCUGCCGAGUCAAAAGGAAGCGGUCUUAGAGCUCAAGAAGCACGGCGGGAGCUACCCGACCGUCGCCGGAUGCAUCUUUUACGCCUUCUUCGUCAUCCUCGCCACGUCCAUCACGGGGACGAUGACGUCGAUGUUUGACUCGACCAACUGCCUCAAGCUUGCCGGUGGGCACGGCUGUCCGGAAGAGACGUCGCAGCUCUACUUGCUCGGCAUCUUCAUCCCUGCCGGUCUCGCAUUGCUUGGUAUUCUGUACUUCAAAUUUCGACUCGGAUCGGAAUGAAAAAUGGUGUCAUCUUUUUGUGCAACAG